UACAUAUUAUUUAUCAGAACUUUUGCUUUGGUACUGUCAUACGUUCUUAUUAGACCCUUUUGAUUUGUCUAUCUUUAAGAUAUUUAGUUCUUAUUAGUAAAUUUGCCUAAGGAACAACAACAAAGUUGCAUGAUUAGAGAAUAAGGUCAUUUAUGUCUACCAACCAGGGUGUGUAUUGUGUAGAAACCGGCUAAUAGUGGAAUGUCCUGGCAACAGAAAUUAACAGUUACUUUGGAACUGUGUAAGGAUUUUAAAGGUUGAGAAGUUUUUCGAAUUCGAGGGUGGGCUUAGCAAUUUAAGUACAACGUGUCGAAAGGGAAUACUGUGUAAUAAAUUAGCAGGAAAUUGAAAGGAGUAAUAGACAUUGCUAACUACAACUAUUUCCUAGUGUGAGUGGGGUGGCAAAUAAACUUGUGACACAACUUUGGAUACAGUUUGCCAAACAUAAGUUUUUGGUGCACCAGGUAAGCUGAAUGAGAAUCCUGAACGUAUUGUGGACGCUGCUGAAAAUGCUCUACCAACUGUUAAGGUGUUCGGCGCGACUACUCUCCAUGCUCUUUAAUGUUUUUUGGUUUGCCUGCAAUCUUGCCUCGGCUUGUAUCCCCUGGAUGACGUUAGUACUGAUGGUCGCUUGUGUGGCUUCUAAGUUCGCGAAAUUACGUAGCCCGGAUGAAAAACGAUUGCUUAGACUACUGGGCGGUUGUGCACCGGAAGAACUAACUUAUUGGCCAAUAGCUAACCGCGGUGCGGGCUAUGAUGCUCCCGAAAACUCCAGAGCAGCAAUCAAAAAGUGUGUGGCACGUGGUUAUCGAAACAUACUGCUGGAGGCCGGUUUGACAGCGUGUGGUGAAAUUGUGAUAGUAAAUCGCACAACUUUAGAACGAGCCGGUUUGUUGGGUGGCGUUGCACAAUACACAUUAGACGAAUUACGCAAAUUAAAUAUAACAGAGCUACAUCCUUUAGGCUCACAAUUUGAAGCUGAACAAAUACUUACUCUUAAUGAAUUGUUGCAAAUUUUGGAAGAAGAACACCGCAUAACUAUUUUUUUACAUAUUUUGGACAACAGUGUACGCAUGUUGGAACAGUUAAGAGCUGCAAUCGAAUCUAAUUCACAAUUCACAUCACGCACAAUACUCAUCAGCCGUUCACCAUAUGCUAUUUAUCAGUUACGUAAAUCACGACCGGAAUUGAUUUGCGGACUUUGGACGGAGAAGUCGCUUUCAUUGGCACUUUUGAAGGCGUCAACACUCAUAACAUCAAUUUAUGGUGCUUUUUUCCGUAAUAUCAUUGCGCCUGUAAUCGGAAUCAGUGUUGUUUUUGUCAGCAAGGAAGAAUUCAAUCUUCACAUUGCUGAAUUAUGGCGCAACGUCGGUGUUCGUCCACUAGUAUAUAAUGUAAAUUCACCCAACGAGAAACGCUAUUUUCAAAAGACGAUGAAAACCCAAUAUCUAACUGAUUCUUUACGCUCUGAGCCUCAUCUCCUAAUGAAAGCUUAAUUCAAAUUAUUGACUUUCCAUAUGUACAUGAAACUUUUGUACAUACAAAAAUAUGUUUAUUAUUUUUUUUCUUCAUACCUCUUUGAAGAUGUAAUAUCCACACCGUCCCUACGAUUUUUUAUUGCAUCCAUAUAAAUAUUAUAAGUGUGUUUUUACAAAUACUUUGCUGCCAUCACAAAAUUUAAACGAUACAGAAAUUAACUUAGCAUUUAGAUA